UUUGCUAUGGUGUUGUUAUGGAAUGGAAAUCACUCAUAGUUCAAAAGCGAUGACUAGUAUACUGGCGCAGAUAUUCGACGAAUACUUCGUCGAUGUUCACAAAAUAACGCUGAUAAAGUUUUCAACAAAAACCUUAGAGAAAAACCCACAAACGUUGGAUAUUUUCGAUGACACAAUGAGUGCUUGUCAACGUCCAAUACCGGUCGAAAUGUCACACGCAGACGAGGAAGGCUUCAAUCCAUCGUUCUAUAACGUUAUGUUUGUUGACUCUAGUGAAUACUUGGAGGUUUAUCUGGAACAAUUUGAUAGCUGGAACAACGAUUUUUCAGGACUGUAUGUGGUUGUCUGUGCCGAAGAAGUGGAACACGAAACUUUAAAUAAAUUCUUUAAAUUAACAUGGUCAAAGCAUAUUAUAAAUGUUAUCUUAGUGGUAUCUGAUGAACACGAAAAUGUUAUAAUUUAUUCAUACCAAUCAUUUCGGAGCAACAGAUGUCAUUCUUGUACUCCUAUCGUGAAAGCUAAUUUAUCGAUCGAUGCGUUGAUCUCGGGAAUAGAUUUGUUUCCAUAUCGGUUGAAUAAUUUUCACCUGUGUACUUUGAAGGCAGGUGUAUUCCGGUUGGAGCCUUUCACCGUCAUCAGUGAAGAUGAAAAAGGCCAAAAAACACACACUGGCACAGAAGUUCUCAUUGCGCAGACGGUUGCAAAACAUUACAAUUUUUCUAUCGAAUACGUUAUAACCCCCGGUGAAGCAAAAUGGGGAUAUAUCUAUAGAGAGAACAGUACCGGUUUGAUGGGGAUGAUUCAAGAAAACGUGGUGGAUUUCGGUUUCGGAACAAUCGGUAUUUCGGUUGACAGAAACAAGUUCUUGAAAUCGGGAGUUGCCCACUCUACGAGCACUUAUGUAUUUGCGAUUCCUCCAGGGCGAAAAUUCACUUCCAUUGAAAAGCUUUUUAAACCAUUUUCCUCAAUUGUUUGGACCUGUAUAACGGUGGUUUUUGUGAGUGUAUUUUUGGCAGCGAUUUUAUGGUUUGGAAACACAAAAAUACCAUUUCUUCAAAUCUUCAAUAUGGAGCCGCUUAAAACACCCUUACUAAAUGUUUGGAUUACUUUUCUUGGAGUUCCGUUGGCGAAAUUUUCGUUCAGAGACUUAACGAAAACAGUUUUGACCGUUUGGAUGUUUAUGGGCCUAGUUGUGCGUACUCUCUAUCAGGCGGCAAUGUUCCGGCAUCUUCAUUCAGGCGAAACAACUAAACCAGAAGAUACAGUAAAGGAUUUCAACGAGGCAGGAUUAUAUUACUAUCUGUUUGAUGUUACUAGGAGAUUUUUUGUGGAUUUCCCUCAAAUUCAGGCAAUGACGAGAUCUAUAACCGAACAAGAAGACCCCAACAACAAGCUGCAAGCUCUAGCUCGGGGAGAUUUUGAUGGUGUUCUCGUUCUGCCUUCAGGAAUGAUCCAUUAUUUUAAUCAAAAAAAUUUGGGAAAAUUCCACUUAAAAACCGGAAAAGAUGUUGUGACCACAUAUAUAGUCGGAAUUUUUUAUCCGAAAAGUUCUUCGAUAAACAAACUGUUCGAUCAGAUCAUUUUAAGGUUACAGGCUGCUGGCAUCACCAACUACUGGAGAUCCAAUUUUGGUGAGGUGCGGUAUAAAGAGUUCCGAUCAGAACGACCCACGGCCAUUGGAUUGGAUUCGAUAUCUGGUGUGUUCAUUAUCUGGUUGGUUAGUUUAAUUGGAUGUUUUAUUGUAUUUUUAUUCGAAAUAAGCACUUUUAAAAACGGUAAACGAGUUAAACUUCUUGCAAUGUAA